GGCAAGCGUCUGUUUGAGUGAGACGUCAAGUGAUAGCGAAGGGAAAUUCCCGCAAAGUCCCCAUGAGUCAAAGUUUACAAACAGAGACUUCGAAGAUUGUAUUGCUGUUUACAUAAAAGCAACCUAUGAACCAUGGCACAGUACAAGGUGUGUGACCCUGAAGAAAUGGUGGAGUGUCCGUACGACAAGGUACACAUGAUCGCAGCCAAACGCAUGCAGUAUCACUUGAUGAAGUGUCGACGGAACCAUCCUGGAGCAGACUUUGCUGUUUGUCCAUACAAUGCCCGUCACGAGGUACGCAAGCCAGAGUUACGCUACCACAUGGUCAACUGUCCUGACAAAGCAAGAUUAGAGCCGUCCAUUCUCUAUGAACAAAAUAAAGAGAAUCGUGAUGGUCAGUACUUAAAAGGUAACACAGACCUGCCACGCUACGCUGACAGCAGUGACUUUGUCUCUGUGGAGAACUGGGAUGAAGAAAUCCCCAGUGUCGCAAGAGUUGGAGUGGACCCAAACUACUUCAUGAGACUCAAUGCCAGGAACACCGCCGGUCUGAUGUCGAGAAGAAAAAGGAGAAAAGGAGGCUGGAGAAAAAACUCCGACAGAUUGAACUCCUGGAGUCUAAAGUGGAUGAGGGGUACACCUUGACAUCUGAAGAGGAGAUCAAGUGCGAGAAGAAAGAUGAGAUUUUGGAAGCUAUCCAGAAUUUGAAAAUUUGACUGUACAAACAUAAAAACUACAUGGAUUUUAAGCAAGGGGAGGAUUCCUCAGUCUUCAGUGUUUCGCGUAUAAUUUGAUAGAAAUCGUGAGAGUAGUGUGAGCUCCAAAAAACUAGUCGUGUGAGAUGACAAUGUUGAGAGUAGUGUGAGAUAACUAUGUUGAGAGCCGUGUGAGAUGACAAUGUUGAGUCGUGUGAGAUUACAAUGUUGAGAGUUGUGUGAGAUGACAAUGUUGAGAGUAGUGUGAGAUAACUAUGUUGAGAGUCGUGUGAGAUGACUGUUGAGUCGUGUGAGAUGACUAUGUUGAGAGUAGUGUGAGAUGACAAUGUUGAGAGUCGUGUGAGAUAACUAUGUUGAGAGUAGUGUGAGAUGACAAUAUUGAGAGUCGUGUGAGAUGACGAUGUUGGGAGUCGUGUGAGAUAACUAUGUUGAGAGUCGCGUGAGAUGACAAUGUUGAGAGUCGUGUGAGAUGACUAUGUUGAGAGUCGUGUGAGAUGACUAUGUUGAGAGUAGUGUGAGAUGACAAUGUUGAGAGUCGUGUGAGAUGACUGUGUUGAGAGUCGUGUGAGAUAACUAUGUUGAGUAGUGUGAGAUGACAAUGUUGAGAGUCGUGUGAGAUGACUGUUGAGUCGUGUGAGAUGACUUGAGUCGUGUGAGAUAACUAUGUUGAGAGUCGUGUGAGAUGACAAUGUUGAGAGUUGUGUCAUAUGACAAUGUUGAGAGUCGUGUGAGAUGACAAUGUUGAGUCGUGUGAGAUGACUUGAGUCGUGUGAGAUAACUAUGUUGAGAGUCGUGUGAGAUGACAAUGUUGAGAGUCGUGUGAGAUGACUAUGUUGAGAGUCGUGUGAGAUGACUGUUGAGAGUCGUGUGAUAUGACUAUGUUGAGAGUCGUGUGAUAUGACUAUGUUGAGAGUCGUGUGAGAUGACAAUGUUGAGAGUCGUGUGAGAUGACAAUGUUGAGAGUCGGGUGAGAUGACUUGAGUUUUGUGAGAUGACUAUUGAGUCGUGUGAGAUGACGAUGUUGGGAGUCGUGUGAGAUAACUAUGUUGAGAGUCGCGUGAGAUGACAAUGUUGAGAGUCGUGUGAGAUGACUAUGUUGAGAGUCGUGUGAGAUGACAAUAUUGAGAGUCGUGUGAGAUGACUGUUGAGUCGUGUGAGAUGACCAUUGAGUCGUGUGAGAUGACUAUGUUGAGUAGUGUGAGAUGACUGUUGAGAGUAGUGUGAGAUGACUGUUGAGAGUAGUGUGAGAUGACUGUGUUGAGUCGUGAGAUGACUGUUGAGUCGUGUGAGAUGACAAUAUUGAGAGUCGUGUGAGAUGAAAAUGUUGAGUAGUGUGAGAUGACUGUUGAGAGUAGUGUGAGAUGACUGUGUUGAGAGUAGUGUGAGAUGACUGUUGAGAGUCGUGUGAGAUGACAAUGUUGAGAGUCGUGUGAGAUGACUAUGUUGAGUAGUGUGAGAUGACUGUUGAGAGUUGUGUGAGAUGACAAUGUUGAGAGUAGUGUGAGAUGACUGUUGAGAGUAGUGUGAGAUGACAUCAGAAGGCAUUUGGAAUUAUGGACUCUCAUCAAUGUACAUGAAGUGUAGGAAACCUACCGGGCCAUUUGGGCCGUUUUAUAUAUUUUAGUUAGUAAUUUUCAUACAGGUUAUAUGAAGUAUUUUUGAAUAAAUGUAUUACAGAAAGAUUGAAAAAAUUCUUGUAAUUAUUUUUUUUUUUACAAGAUUUUCAAUGUUCCAGAUAAUGUAUACACAAGUAUUUUUGAGAUAAUAAUUAUAAGAAAUCUAUAUAAAAAUAUUUGUCCAUGUUUGCAUCUGAAUUGGAAUAUAUUCAUGUAGCCAUUAUCAUCUGUUUUAAUUUGUUUUUGUCUCUAGAAUCACUUACUUUUUACAAUUAUGUAUGUUUUACCCCUACAAGUUCAGGCUUGUGUUACAUCGGGGAAUCUGUUAAUUUCGUACAGUCACAUUUCUCCAGCAGUCCGUUAUAAGGAAAUGCCAUCAAGUUGAUCUUGACAAAAUUCUACGCAAGUUAAUGUUUUAAUCAGUCUUCAGAGCCAAGAGGUGGUGUUUGCUGGUAAUUUACCUGUAGCUUUGUGGCUGAUGCCAUUUCUAGUGUGUUCUAUUGAGUGACCUUGACCAUUCAUGUGCUGCACAAAUAAAUUGAUAAGGUUCAUUACAUUAUAAAUCAUUGUUUAGUCCAAAACUUAUGUUUCCUUCUCUUUCUUUGAACAAAUUUUUGAAAAACUUCAUUAAUUAAGAUUUAUACUCGGUGAAUAUGUACCUAAUGGUUAUCAUAUCAUGGACACCCAAUCUAACUUGAAAUUUUGUACCCGAUGUCUUCUGAACUUGUCCGGGAUAUAAUUUUGUGUCCGAUCGGUGACCAUUAAGGUUGUCAAGGAUAUAAUUGUGUCCGAUCGAUGACCAUUAAGGUUGUCCAGGAUAUAAUUGUGUCCGAUCGAUGACCAUUAAGGUUGUCCAGGAUAUAAUUGUGUCCGAUCGAUGACCAUUAAGGUUCUAUUGUUUUAUUCUAUUGUUUUAUUAACAAUACAGAUCUAUUAAUAGUAACAUUUAUUGUAGGGGUAAUAAGAAUGCCAGUCGGUUUGAAAACAAAACAAUGAUGUAGUUUUUAGGUGCCUUAACAUGAAUAUUUUAAAAUAGUUUGGAAAGCAAUUAAGUUUGACAUUAUUUUACAGAAUAUUCAAGAUAAAAAUUGAUUUAAGUUUAUGAAAGGAUUACACUUUGGACAUCUUACCAUUGUUUGUUAGGUUAUUGAAAGUGUUGAGUUUUGAAUGCAAUUCAUUAAAGUCUUGUUCCAAACA